AUGCUUACACUUCCGAUGUGGCACGACGAGGAGGGGAACGACUACCAGGCGGUGUCCCCGAGACAGGCCCUUCGUGUGGCUCUAAACCUGAAAAAGUUGAUAGACACGGUUGUUCCACUGGCUGUUCCUGCGCAGAGGAUCAAGUCCUUUGACUUGAACCUCCCAUACGAUGCCACAUUGAAGGCAGUCUACGGCGCCGCCGGCGGAGAGGGGGAGGACCGGGUGUCAUCCGCCAGGCGGUACCAGGCGUGUCUUGUUUUCUGCUUGUUGAAGGUUGCCGGGUGGUACGAGACGUUGGCGGAGGCAGAGCUCGCCAACAACGACAUCUACGGCAGCCGGGCGCUAUUUGCGCAGAAACUGGCGUGCAUCAUCAUUGAGCACGAGAAGGACGACAAGUACUUGUUUAUCUCGAUGCUCUGCCACCGGUACUCGAUCAACUUGAACGACGAGGACUCUGACCCGGAGAACGCGCUCGAGUUGGCUGCCGACACCCACUCGAUGAUCAUCUCCACGUCCGGGUACCAGCGGUGCAUCAAGUGGUUGUGGGUCGGCUGGAUCGUCCAGUCCAGGGACGACCCUUCCGAGUACGUCUUGUUCAACGGCAAGGCCAACACCUCCUUCGCCAGCCACUUCGAUCCGGACAGAAUCCAGACUCCGCUAUACCAGAACCUCCUCGAAAUCUUUGUUGCCGUUCUCUUCUUGGGGCUCUACACGUUUGUCGCCAACAUCGACGCCGUGCCAGACUCGUUCAACUUUGCAGAACUGCUCCUGUACGCCUUCACCCUCGGCUUUGCACUCGACGAGGUUCAGCGGUUCUACCACUUUGGCUCCAACUACAUCCAGUUCUCAAGUGCCUUUAACGAUACCCUCUACGCCAUCAUCUUCAUCUCCUACGCCUUCCGUGUUAUGGCUGUCUACUGCUUGAACUCGGGGAAUGCAGAUGCCUAUAACAUCACUUCGCAGAGGUUCCUUGCAGUGGCUGCUCCCUUCAUAUGGAUCCGCAUGUUCUUUUUCUGCGACCUCUACCGUUUCUUCGGCGUCAUGAUUGUCAUGAUCAACACCAUGAUGAAGGAGUCGUUGAUAUUCUUUUUCUUGUUGUCCGUGGUAAUCAUUGGAUUUUUGCAAGCAUUCGUCGGAUUAGACCAGGCAGACGGUAAAAGGGACUUGACCUAUUUCAUCAUCACCAACAUGCUCCAGACCAUCCUCAGCGGGCCAGAUUUCAACAGUAUCGAAAGGUUCGCGUACCCGUACGGUAGUAUCUUGUACUACUCCUACAACUUCCUUGUUACUGUUAUUCUUUUGAAUAUCUUGAUUGCCUUGUUCUCUCAGGCGUAUUCAGAAGUUAUUGAGAAUGCAAACGACGAAUACUUGCACCAAUAUGCAACCAGAGUCUUGAAAUACAUCAGGGCACCGGAUGCAAAGAUCUUCUUUCCACCGUUCAACUUGAUUGAGAUUUUCCUCCUCGACCUUCCUCUCUACUGGUGGAUGGACAGAAAGCUGUUUAACAACAUCUGCAACAAGAUCAUGUUGCUUUUGUACUCACCAUACCUUUGUAUCAUUGCCAACUACGAGUCCAAGCAGGCCCGGAGAAUCAACUACAACAGGAAGUUCAACCUCUCCGAUGAUGCUAACGAAGAAAACAGAGAGUGGCUUUUAACUGACGGUUACGAGGAAACAAUGAAUGAUGAGGCAAACAGACACAUGAUUGCCCAAGCUUUGCAAAGACAGCGGGACGCGGAAAGCACAGAACCCGAGUUUGCAAAGCACUUCCCUGCUUGGAGAAAGAAGGUUGAGAACUUGAAGCCACCGAUUAAUCAAGCAAGCAAUGCAGGUGUGAGUCUUGAUAGCUACCAGAUCAUUGAUCACAUCAACAAGUUGACAGAUAAGGUCGAAACCUUGAUCAAACAAAACACCAAGAUGAGAGAAGAACUGAGUUCCGAGAAAUGA